AUGCCCUCAAAUUACCGCGUCGUUGAACCGCAUCCAUCGGUUCCCCGUACUUCCCGUCCGGCUAUCCAUACUGCUCGCGGUGGUGCCGGCAAUGUCAUCAACUUGAAGAACACCAAGACCACAAAUUCGCAAACCGCCACCGGUCCUCCGUCUUUGACUCGUCUGGAUUCGCGCACUCCCUCCACCUUCACCUCCGGCCGUGGCGGUGCCGGCAAUGUCCACAGCAGCAGUGAGCGCGCCAUCUUCAGCUUCGACGAGGAACUCGAACGUGAUCUCCGCCGUGCUGCCCCCGUUUACCAUGUCGGCCGUGGAGGUGCUGGAAACAUGAUCUAUAGCGACAAUGGCAGCACUCUCAGCCGCAAGUUCUCGUCCAGCAGCUCCGCCACCGUCAGCAGUGCUGGCUCAGCAAGUGACCGGGCUCGUGAUAAGGCCCGUCGUGGCUUGGAAAAGGGCUGGGAGAAGCUGAGAGGCAUGGCCUAA